AUGGGUCCACAGACAGCAGCGGCGAGCACGACAAUCCCGCCGCCAACCACUGCAACAACCAUAGCAACCACCGCCGCGACAGCUGGGCACUGGGUCGGCGCCGACCAAGGGGAAGAGGCCAUCCGCGGGAAGUCCAAGUACUUCUUCAUGAGCCCCUGCGAUAAAUACCACGCCAAGGGCCGGAAGCCUUCCAAGCUGAUCCUGCAGCUGCUCAAGAUCAUCAUGGUCACCGCUCAGUUGGUGCUGUUUGGCCUCAGUAACCAGGUGGUGGUGAUGUUCAAGGAGGAGAACACCAUGACUUGGAAGCACAAGACUUUGAUGAGUCCUCCGACAGCGAUUUGUCCGUGUACACACGACAAGAUGUCUACCAACACAUCUUCAGCUCACAGCUGGAUGCCGCCCUCACCGAAAGAGCAUCAUCUUCGCACUGUCCCGCGCUAUUUUGCACUUUGCUCCCCAACUCCAUCCUUGGGAGUGAAUCCUGGAUCUGGGGAGCUUGCAAGCCCCGAUACGUCCCAAAGUUCUGUGGGAGUCGCUCCGUGGCGCCGAGCCCACUUGGAGGGAUCGUCGUGCCACGCGGAUGCAAGCGUGCCUUGUUCCGCUCCCGGGGAUGGAUCGCCGGGCGGUCGGGAAUGA